UAGGAAAGACUUGGCGCGAACAGGGCUCUGAGCGCUUUAAAUUCCUCAGUUUCUCGGUAUCUAUCGCUACCAGUGAAAGAGCUCAGGAACGAUGGUGCGUGCAGAAAAAGAUCUUCCCUGGGUUGAGAAAUAUCGACCAAGAACCGUCGAUGACGUAGCUUCCCAGGACGAGGUCGUGUCCGUCCUGAAAAAAUGUCUUCAGUCUGGUGAUCUUCCCCAUUUGCUGUUCUUCGGUCCUCCGGGGACUGGUAAAACGUCGACAAUCUUAGCUCUGGCGAGGGAUCUCUAUGGGAACGAAUUUCGUCAGAAAGUUCUCGAGCUCAAUGCGUCUGAUGAAAGAGGAAUUUCUGUGAUAAGGGAAAAGGUCAAAAACUUCUCCCAAAUGACGGCGAAUCAAGGGAAGAUCCGUUAUCGAAUAGUGAUUCUCGACGAGGCCGACAGUAUGACCCGAGAUGCUCAAACAGCGCUACGAAGAACUAUGGAAAAAUACACGAAGACAACCAGAUUCUGUCUCAUCUGCAACUACGUCACCAAAAUCAUCCCCCCACUCAACUCCCGUUGCUCCAAGUUCAGAUUCCGGCCCCUGCCUACGGAUGUUCUGGUCAAUAAGCUCGAUGAGAUAUGUACUAAGGAAAACGUCAACUUCAGAGGUAGCGACGACCUCAAGUUCUUGAUCGAGCUCGCUGAGGGAGACAUGAGGCGCGCCGUGACUCUCCUACAAAGUGCUCAUAGGAUAAGCGCCGAGAAAAUCACUAGAGAAGAUAUUCGGAACAUCGCGGGAGUGAUCCCAGAUAAUGUCGUCGAGCAGAUCUACACGGAACCAGUUCUGGACCGCUUGACCAAACGAAUGCGGGAUUUCGUGCGCGAAGGUUAUUCCGGAGAUCAGCUCUUGACUCAACUACUGCAAAUGAUCAUCGCCGACGAGCGGAUUGAAGACACGAAGAGAGCGGCGCUCCUCGAGAAAUUGGCUAUCGUCGAACACCGUAUGAAAGAUGGCGCUUCCGAAUUGAUUUCAUUGCAAGACUUGGCCGCCACCAUCGUCUCCUCACACUGAAAUAUCGUCCUGACGUGUGUACAUUCAAACUGUCUCGACCCGAUCGAUCCAAGAGUUUCCGUUGACUCGAUUCAGUGCCUGGAAUAAAAUA